AUGGAGUUUGCAAAACGUUUGCUUGAUAGAGAUGACAGUUUCUCCACCACAAUGCUUCUUAUGCCCCCACCAUUUGCACAUAAUGCUGCAACAUAUGCUGAGAAACUUAAUACAUCUCAUCCUGAGUUUCAAUUCCGAGGUCUUCCUUCUGUGACCCCGCUACCCCUAGAAUAUGUUCUAGCUAGUCCUGAACAUUUUGUUUCAAUUUUCAUUGCUGAUCAUAGAGAUCAUGUUAAGGAUGCAAUUUUCAACAAUGUUUUGUCCAACAAGUCACCUGGUUUGGUUCUUGAUUUGUUCUGUCCUCCCUUCGUUGAUGUUGCAAAAGACCUCGGUGUUCCUUCUUAUAUUUUCUUCGCUUCUGGUGCUGCUUUUCUUGGUUCUAUGCUUUACCUUCCUGAUAGAUUUCACAAGGGAGGGACCACCUUCAAACCAACUGAUCCUGACUCUAUCAUCCCUAGUUACAUGAACCCAGUUUCCUCCAAGGUUUUGCCUAAUUUGUUGUUCCAUGGAGGGUACUCGACUUUUGUGUGCCGUAAAGGUCACGGGAGCUUUAGGGAGCCUCAAUUGAAAGAGAGUGCACCUGGGCUCUCGCAAAGUAAACGAAGGUUCUUGCGGACUAUAGAAAGAAUAUAUAUUAGUGAUGUUGUGAAGGCAGACAAAAUAGCAAAAGCUGUGAAAGAUUUGAUUGAAGGUUCCAGUGAGGUAAAAAGCAGGGUCAAAGCAAUGAGUGAAAUUGGAAGGAAAGCUUUGUUGGAAAGUGGAUCUUCAUUUGUGGCAUUUGAAACCUUGGUCAGUGUUUUGUCAGGAAACAAGGCUUGA